AUGUCAAUGAAAUAUGUCAAUCGGAUUACGAGUUCAGAUCAAUUGCUUCAGCUGUUAGUCGGGAUUCCACAAUGGGUAGUUGAUAUCCGACAUGGUGCAACACAUUCUCAUUUGCCAUCUUUGAAAAGUUUGCGUCAGGCAGCAAAAUAUUGUCGAGAUUGGCUGUGGGAGCAUCACUGGUCAAGACCAGUUGCUGAAGCUAUUGGGCUUAAUUUUACUGGGCAAGAAGAAAGUGAUGAGAAUGAAUUGCAGCAAAAAGCCGCCACUCUCAUUGAUCGCUUUAUGAUUUACAGUUUAGAAACGAAUGAAAAUAAACCAGAGAUGAAGAAAAAAUUGCAGGACGUAUUAACGCAGAUGGAGACGUUCAUAAUGAUGUAUCCAUGGCAAUUCUUGAAUGCAUUUUUACUGGAAGGAUAUUUAAUUUUAGACAAAGUGCAGAUCUCGUCAGUUGGUUACGAUUUGUUCUCAAGUGAAAUUAUAUGGGAUAUUCCGGAAAAUUUGCAAUUGUUCUGGAAACCAGUUUUUCACUACAUCAAUGAAGCUAAGAUGUUACACGAGUUACUUAUGCAAAUGUUUGAAGCAUUAUUAGACAGUGAUAUACAUAUAAUUCGGAAGCGACAAUUAAUAGCAUGGAUUGAUCGUCUGCUCAAUGCUUAUGUUGAAUGUAAACCGAGUGUGUUAAAUGAAGCGGAAUGGAAAAGAAUUUUAAAAGCAAUGAUGAUGGCGCCAAAAGAACUGAAAGAAGCCCAUUUAAAUGAUGUUCUGGAUAAAGUAGAAAAAGUUUGCAAAAAAAAAAAAGCUGCUCUGCGAAAGCUGUCAGUCCUUCUCAGUGACAGCGCUGAUAAGCAAACAGUAGAAACGUCACCAUCUUCACUUUCUGGAAACAGCUUACCAAUCAGAACUGUGGACGACUUACGGCAGCUAAUGUUGCAGAGCGAAAGUAAGAAACAACCACAAGUAAGGAAAUCAACAGAUGCUUCAGACAGUAAACAUCGCUGGACAUCCUGUAAUUUGAUGGAAUGGAAAGGCAUACCCCUUGGAUUGACACCUGAGCAGAGCACAGAAUCGUUGUAUUUAGUAAUUGAACCUCAAUGA